ACCUUGAAGCUGAAAAUGCUGAACUUAAGGCUGAGAAUGCUGAGAUUCCUGGACUUAGAAAAAAGUUUGCCGAAGUUGAAGCUAAGAAUGCUAAACUUGAGACUGAGAACUUCGAGGCUAAAGCUGAAAUUAUGAAGCUAAGGCCCGAACUCAAGAGCGUCAGUGUUCAAUUAUCCAGCGAACUUACGGGAAUUAUGAGGAGACCCGAAUUUUUGGCAAAACGAGUUUGGGAAGUGGUGGGGAAUGACGGCACUCCUGACAGAUGGAAAUAUUUAGGUAUUAUUCCUCGUGAUGAGAGUUAUUAUUAUAUUAAUAGAGAACUAAUGGGAAAAUUGAUUUUUUUAAUUCACUAUAUGGACAUACCAUUUAGAAAAUUAUUACAACAAGAAGGUUAUGUACUUCUUUCUGGAUCUGAUUAUGAUACAAUCCCAAAUAUUGUCUUGAUACUGAAGAAAAUCUCAUUUAUAGAUAAAGGGACCGCAUGA